AUGCCUCUCUCAAAGGAUCUCCUUUAUCCCACUCCAGAAAAGAGGUGGAAACACAAGAAAAAAUGCCCAGUACAGAGUCCCAACUCCUACUUUAUGGUUGUGAAAUGCCCAGGAUGCUAUAAAAUCACCACAGUUUUUAGCCAUGCACAAAUGAGAGUCUUGUGUGUUGGCUGCUCACUGUUCUGUCAGCCUACAGGCAGAAUAGCAAGGCUGACAGAAGGAUGCUCCUUCAGGACGAAGCAGCACUGA